CCCGAGUCCGACACGUUACCAACCGUUGCGGCACGUUAGACGCUGUCAAGAAGCGCGGGAAAAGAUGUUUCGCCACUAGGGCUACGACGAGGCCUCCUUUCCCAGAGGAAGGGGGAACGACGAACCGAUCAUGGAUCCCACCGACGGUGAUGACGAGGAGGAGUUCGGGCUCUCUCGAAACUAUUUUCUCGCCAAAGAGAUCGGCUCCGUCUCCGGCAGGAAGUCCGCCCGCAAGCUUUCCGACAUUGCUCUCGUCGACGAACAGGUUUUGAGAGCAGCAGUGCCUGAAAUUGUACCGAAACAUGAGAAAGAGACAGCAUCUUUGUUAAAAAGCUACAAAGACUUGUAUUCUAAGUGGCUAUUUGAGCUGAGGUGUGGCUUUGGCCUCUUAAUAUAUGGUUUUGGUUCUAAGAAGAUUUUGCUUGAAGAUUUUGCUUCAUCGGCAUUAACAGAUUUUGGAGUAAUUGUAAUCAAUGGCUAUCUUCCAUCAGUCAACAUAAAACAAGUUGUGAUUACCAUAGCUGAAGUUCUAUGGGACCAAUUAAAAACCAAACGAAAAUGUUCUACAGGGAGCAAGCCCAAACAUCCUUUUAGUUCCCAGUCCACAGAAGAUCUUUUCUUAUUUCUUGAUGGGCAACUUCCAAAUGAGAAUGACUGCUUUGUAUGCAUUGUUAUUCACAAUAUCGACGGACCAGCUUUACGGGACUCUGAAUCACAACAAUAUCUUGCUCGAAUCGCGUGCUGUUCCCAUGUCCGUAUGAUUGCAUCCAUUGACCAUGUCAAUGCACCCUUAUUGUGGGACAAGAAGAUGGUUCACACACAGUUUAACUGGUGCUGGUACCAUGUCCCAACCUUUGCACCUUACAAGGCGGAAGGCAUCUUUUUCCCUUUGAUACUUGCUAGUGGAGGUAAUGCUCAGACUACGAAAACUGCGUUAGUUGUCCUGGAGAGUUUGACACCAAAUGCUCAAAGUGUGUUUAAAAUUCUUGCGGAGCAUCAGUUGGCCAAUGAAAAAGAGGAAGGUAUGCCUGUUAACACUCUAUAUACCAAGUGUCGUGAGCGUUUUCUGGUCAGCAGCCAAGUUACAUUGAAUUCCCAUCUCACUGAGUUCAAAGACCAUGAAUUAGUGAAGACAAGAAGGCAUUCUGAGGGCCAAGAUUGUCUCUAUAUUCCUCUUGCCUCUGAAGUACUCGAGAAGCUGUUACAGGAGUUGGUUUGAGCAAUUGACUUUGUGCUGACGGUAUACAGUUUAUUUUGGUUUCUUUUAGAAUUAAUUUGUGCUGUAUUGGAUUUUUUAUUUGAUUUAUGAUCUUGUGAUGGCGUAAUAUAUUGAUCCAUGGGGUCUGUGAAAUCAGGUCACUGUAAGUUUCUUUAUUCAAAUCUAAUUUAUUGUACAAUGCCAUGGACAUGUUUGAUGUAGUCUGAAGUUUGGUUAGAUCUAUUUUUAUCAGCACUAUGUUACAUAUAUUUGAACAA